UCCCCGUCAACCCAAGGCCAGAUAAGCAAAGAAGAGGUCUCCGUCAACCCAAAUGGUCAAUUGCUUCCUAUAUCGUGGGCAUUCCUCUUCCAUUGAGAAGAGGUUUCUUCCAGGAAGUUGCUCUUCUUCAUUUCCAGUCGAGAUUUGCUUACUCCGGAAAUGGUGUCACUGAGGUUCUGAUGAUCCUUCAGCAUCCCUUUUCCGGACUGAGUCUCUUCAAGGCUGCAUCCAAGCCAUUAAUCAGAUUAUCAACUGUUAAGAGUGGAGGUCAAUUAAUACAUAGGUAAAGGGUGAGCAGACAACAAGGAGAACAGAAAUUCUAUCAUGGAGAGAAGUUUUAUGUGCAUUUUAUUAAUCCUCUUUGCCAUUCUUGCAAUCGCCAAUGGUGGCCGAAAUCCAUUCAUUACAGAGAAAUUGACGUCUAAUACAGUUUCUGAUGGGAUCCACAAUGUGCAAACAGAGUCUCCACUCAUCCUUCUUAAGAGACAAGUUGCAUCUGGAACAUGUGAACAGACAUAUGGAUUCUUGCCAUGCACCACUACUGUUGUUGGAAACAUCUUCCUCAUCAUUGCAUAUGGGUACUUGAUGUUCCUAGCCGCGACGAACCUUUCCAACGGAAGUGAACUUCUGCUUGAGAUCCUUGGCCCCGGUAUCAUUGGGGGCCUUUUCCUUCCUAUCCUUGGCUCUUUUCCAGAUGCAAUGCUCAUCCUUGUUUCUGGACUCUCAGGAAGUAGCCAAACUGCUCAAAGUCAGAUUCUGGUGGGAAUGGGAUUACUCUCUGGGUCAACGGUCUUGCUUCUAACAUUACUAUGGGGAUCUUGUGUUGUUGUUGGAAAAUGUGACCUUGAUGGUUCAACUGCAGUAGAUUUACAAGAUACAGAAGGAUUAACCAUAGCUGCCUUAACUGGCUCUGGUGUUAGCACUGAUAUCUGGACCAGCUAUGCUGCAAGGAUCAUGUGUGUAUCAGUUAUCCCAUUUAUCAUUGUUCAACUACCACAGUUUCUACAAUCAUCUUCUGGAAGUCACUUGGCAAUCCUGAUUGCACUCAUUUCUUCCAUUGCAUUACUGAUCAGCUACUGCCUUUAUCAGGUCUUUCAGCCUUGGAUUCAGAGAAGAAGGCUUGCUUAUGCAAAGCAUAAGCGUGUAGUAUCAGGAAUUUUAGGAAAUCUAAAAAUGCGAGCACUAGGAAGGCUCCUAAAGGAUGAUGGUCAGCCUGAUAUAGAUGUUAUACGCAAGGUAUUUAGGCAACUUGAUGAGAAUUUAGAUAAUCGUCUAUCGGUUCCUGAGUUAAAAGCACUGAUCAUGGGAAUCCAAUUUGAUGAAGUAGAUUUGGACCAGGAUGGUUUUGUUGAAGAAAUGUUGAAAGAUUUUGAUACAUCUCAUGAUUCAUAUAUUGAAGAGAGUGAGUUUAUUGAAGGAAUAUCAAAAUGGCUUAAUGUAGCUAAACAUUCUGUAGCUUCACAUCAUAAUUCAACUUCUGAUUCAGUAAGAUUUAUAAAUGAGUUACGUAAUAAAGCCAAGAAAGAAGAAUAUCUUCUGGGAUGUAGUGAUGAGACCACAGAGGGUGUUAAAAAUCCUAAAUGGGAUUCUGUUAAAGCAGUCUUAAUGUUGUUGCUGGGAACUGGUAUAGCAGCUGCAUUUGCAGAUCCCCUUGUAGAUGCUGUUGACAACUUCUCCAAUGCUACAAGCAUUCCUGCCUUCUUUGUCUCAUUUAUAGUACUUCCUUUGGCCACUUCCAGUGAGGCAGUGUCAGCACUUAUUUUUGCCAGCCGGAAGAAACAAAAAACUGCUUCUUUAACAUUUUCAAUGAUUUAUGGGUCCGUGACCAUGAGCAACAUCCUUUCUCUAGCAGUAUUCUUAGCAGUUGUUUACAUAAGGAAUUUAACGUGGGACUUCUCAUCUGAAGUAUUUAUUAUUUUUAUCAUUUGCACAAUAAUGGGUCUGUUUGCCAGCUUCCGCACCACCUUCCCUUUAUGGACAUGUUUAGUGGCAUAUCUGCUCUACCCACUCUCCCUGGUGCUUGUUUAUGUUCUUGACUAUGUUCUUGGGUGGUCAUAGACACUCUCUUCUUCCAGUUUACCUUCCCUGAGAUUUUCUCAUCAGUUCAGAUGUACCGGCCUUUAAAUAUGCUUCUGUAUCUUUGGCAUUUCUCCUGGAUCUAAGAGAACCUGUUAAAUAUUUGCUUCUAAAGUCUGAUUUUUAGGUA